GACGGAGGAUAGCGCUGCGCCCCUGCGUCCGGCGGCGAGGGGACGGAGGGAAAGUGGUAACCGCCGAGGUUACGAGGCCAGGGGAGAAAGUGGGUGUUGCCUGAGCGACGACGACAACAGGAGAGGAUCGCUCCCGCGGCUCCCGCGGGACACCGCCGCGCGAGCUCGGGGUGUUUUCACGCUGCGAAAGGGGGAGAGUAUCGCGGAAGGAUGCCCGUGGGUCGUCGCUCGUCAUCCUGGAGUCGAUGUCAGCCCUCCGCUGGCCUUCUUCUCACCGAUAAUCUCGUGCCUCAGGACCUUCGGCGCUGAGAUUCCACCUCAGGAUGGCUGGAGCGAACCGGGAGGUUCGGCAAGGACCUGAAAAUUUCGUGCUCGCAAAUCGUCGUGUUGGGCGAAGCCGGUCUUCGUGCGAUUAGGGGCUGUGCCAGGGUAGCACGGGACGGGGGUGGUUCUCUCCAUCGCGGGGAUCGAGAUGAGCGAUCUACAGGCCACCCUCGAGUUCUCCCUCGAGCUCUGCAAGUUCUACAAUGUCGAUCUCUUCCAGCGCGGAUAUUACCAGAUCCGAACUGCUCUUAGAGUAUCGCCCAAGUUGCCAGUCAAAGUGGAGGUCAAUCAACUGCGAAAUCACUCCCUGGAGGCCCCGGGCACGAGUAAGCGCUUUCAGAUCCUCUACAGGAACGAGGAGGUGACACUCGGCACUUCCGUACUAUUCCGGGCGCAUGUGCUCGUGCAUAGUCACAAGAUUGAGGAGGCCCUGUCGCGCACCCACUUUAAUCUAGGCGUCGAGCUAUGGUUCAGCGAGCCGACGCAACCGGGCAACAUGGCUUGCGUGUCCUCGAGGGCGCUGCAGCUGAACUUCACACCCACGAAGGGCCUUCACUAUCAUCUGCCGGUGCUCUUCGAUUACUUCCAUCUCGCCGCGGUGUCCAUUACGAUCCACGCCUGCCUCGUGGCACUUCAUCAGCCCUACAUCAAGAAGAGCAUACUGCACGUAGUGCAGAGUUGCACACCGCGAAGCGGGAAACCCUGGCUGCAAUUUAAGCAAUCCGCGGCGAACGGCGACAGCAGUGCGACGACCUUCGGAAACAUCGAGACGACUACGAGGUGCGUCGGAUCGACGACGAGGAUACAGCACGCGAGACUGGUCCAGCAAGAAGUCACGAGGCUGCUCCUAGCCGCGAGGGAGUCUUUACUGAACGAUUUGUCCGACUUGGCACGGCUUCUCCCUUCUUGGCAACAAAGGGCGCUCGAGCUCGCACAGAAUAAUCACAAAGAGAUCACGAAGUUGAUGGACACCGAGGAGGCUGAUAUAACCCAGCUCUGCGCACAAAAUAUCGUUCUUUGGCAGCAUUUCCUGGAAGCGUUCUCCGGCCGGGAAGCGGUUCAUCAGCAUUUAGCGCGAGUUCAUCAUCAGUUAAGAGUGAAGCGGUUCGCGGAGGGUUUCUUCGUAUUAGAAAACCCGAGAACAUCGGCAGCGGGCUGUUACGACGCGAAUUAUCAGUCUUAUCAAGCGGUAAGCGAGGCUGCUCGCAGAUCGCGUUACCUCGCGUCGUUGCCACCGUUACCUGUCCAUUGUCCGGAAGUGGACGGCGAUCUUCACUCGUUGCCUUUAAUUUUUGAAGAUCAGUACGCUGAUAUGCAGCAGAGACACAGAAACAGUGUCCCCAGCAUGGACGACUGUAGCUGCGGCAUAACGGCGAUCCUGGAGUCGCGCUCCAUGGGCAUCUGGUCGCCCAGGAGCGAAGGUGCAGCUCAGGACAUCGGAUCGAUCCAGGCCCGCCUCAUACUGACGCCUUCCACGCUUCCGGCGAGGCACAGCAAGUCGCUCGACCAGCUGGGCCCCGAGCUGGCGACGCCUCUGCAGCCCAGGACAUCGCCGAAGACUCUGCCCAGGUCUGUGUCGACCCAAUUGUUCUCGCGGGGGCUGCGUGGCGGCGGUCGUAAUGUCACGCCACCCGCGACGGUUCCUUCCAGGGGGAAACCCAGGUCGACAGUGCCGUCCAUUAGCACCCUCUUCCCGCCCUCGGGUCAGCAGGCUUGCUCCGCACCGAACCCAUCUCUCGGCUCCACGCCAGUGAUACCCCUGCCUCGGGCCAAGUCCACGCAGAUGCUGGUACCGAACCGGCAGCAGCAGCAGUCCGACUAUCAGUCCUCUUCCAUUAGCUCACUGCUGGCGGUGAUGUUUCCCGAGUUGCCGCCCGGUGGGCAUUUGCCUGGUUAUCGACCCUCGUCUAAAUCUUGCGACCAGAAUCUUACUGUGCCAACGUACAUGGGCGCCUUAGACCUUAGUCAAUUGCCCGACUGCUUGACGGAAAGCAAGUCGGCAAAUACGAUGGAAGAUUAUCAUUCUCUCGAUACCAGAAGAAUACGAUUAGAGCCACGAAGUCAUCGUCUAGGAACUCGCCAACCGCUACCAACGACCACAAGUGACCAAAGUAGCUUUCUAUCCUCCAAGACGAAUGUAAACGGCGACUUUUUACAGGAUCCACAGCCGCUGCACACAGCGACGUUGGAUAGAGUCACUUACCGAGGGAACUCUAGGAAAUCCGGGCAUCAGACAGGGGGCAAGUACAGUCAAACGAACGGCAUCGAGAAUCGCAGAUAUCAUACACUCGGCAAGACAUCGAUGACGCAGAGAAGUCGCCCAGAGAUACCGGAGAGCAUGAAUGGCAGCGCGGUGACCAGCAGCCAUUUGCACCUGGCGGAUCCAGCGAGCAAGAGGUCCAAUUAUUACGCGACCACGGACUCGUUUUUCUAUCGCACGAACGGCAACACCAGCGGUAGGACUCGCGACGAGACGGACAAGCCGAAGAGGCCGAAGAGCACGGAUCGGCUGCUCGACGACGUGCGCAACGAGUGCUGCGACUUCCGGCGAGAUCGGCCGACUCGAAGGAGAGCGGAACGAUCGGUCAAGUCGCCUCGCAACGGCGUAACUCAGAAUUACAACGAGGAGAAGCAACGACGCGGUCAAACCGAGAAGAAAAACGCGGAUGGGGCUCAGGAACCGAUUUACGAGGUAAUAGCCCUGAAGCCGGAAUCGAAGAAAGAGUCUCGCGAGAGAAGGAAAGACAAGCACAACAGAAGACCGCACUCAGCGCCCGUCCUCGAUACGGAUCAUCCGGUAGAGGAGAGCAAUCACAAAAGUGAUAGAAAGUGCAGCCAUAAAAAUAGGAAACCAGCACCGCCACCCCCGGCAUAUCAAGAUCCCGCAGUCGCCCCAUUGCCCAAGUAUCGUCAUCCCUCCUCGACGCCUGCGACGAGCGUCCUUGAGGUGGAGAACAACAAUAAAAUUAUUCUGAAGAUGGAACCCAUAAAAUCGCCCAUGGAGGCACCGACGACCAACGGCACGACGCCUUCGGACCCGCCAAGUCUCGGAGUGCCGCCGUCGAACGUAAAGAGACUGCGAUGCGCCAGCGUGCCGGUGACUCAGAACAAAGUGGUCGUGCCACGCAGCGCGGUCUCCCUGCCCUGCAUGCCGAUACGCGACAGCAAGGACAGUCUGACUAACAACCUGCCCAUCAUACCGCACCUUCUCAGUCCGCCGUCCACCAGACCCAGCAGUCCCACGCCGAGCUCGAGCUCGAGCAACCUAACGUCCGAAUGCUCGGGUUGGGUCAGCAGCGGCGACACCUCCAGCUCGGAGCAGCGUCGCAACCAAGCCAAGCUCUCGAGCGAACAGCUGCGGCAGAAACUGUCGAAGAUUGUGCCGCGCAAAGAUCGUCCUCUCGUCACGAAGGAAAGCGUGGAGGAGAACUCGUACGAGGAGGUGCGGCUGCCGCCGCCGAAGAUGUUCCAGGACGAACCGCCGCCUCCCGAGGAAUUCCGCGAUCCCCCGGCGCCGAUCGACAAUCCGCUCUACCACGUGUACGAGACGGUGAAGCAGAAUAGGAGCCCGAAACAGAACAAAACGGCGCCCUGCAGUCCGCAGCGAAACCGGGAUCGGGACAGGGAGGGUGUGUAUGGCGUCAGGGACAUCUGUCUGGAUUGUUAUCAGGAGGGCAAGGAGUUGUUGCAGUCCACGCAGGACGAUUUCAUCAAUUUCAAGAAGUGCAAGGAGGAGUUCAAGAGGCAGAUGAGCUUCUCGGGCAAGAUCUACAGAGAACGCGAGGAAGCACAGUUGCAUUUACAUAAACGUGCCCAUUCCCUCGGAUACGGUGACCUUCUGAAUUCCUCGCCAUCGGUUCAACCAUUAAGAUCCCAUGUGCCUCUUAGUGACUACCCGACCCUGGCCUCGACCCUGCCGUACUUCCACAUCAGCGACGAGUAUCGACUCUUCUCGCCGGAGGGUGCGCACCUUAUCAUAUGCGUCCACGGUCUCGAUGGCAAUGCUGCCGAUCUCCGUCUCGUCAAGACGUAUCUGGAAUUGGGUCUGCCCGGGGCGCAUCUGGAUUUCCUCAUGUCCGAGAGGAAUCAAGGGGACACCUUCUCCGACUUCGAAACGAUGACCGACCGAUUGGUGUCCGAAAUUCUCUACCACAUUGAAUCGUCGGGUCUGAACCCGAGGAAAGUGAGCUUCAUCGGGCAUUCCCUUGGGACCAUAAUCAUCCGGAGCGCCCUGACGCGACCGCAGCUGCGUCCGCUUCUCCCUCGUCUACACACCUUCCUCAGCUUGAGCGGACCACACUUGGGCACUCUUUACAACACGAGCGGCUUGGUGAACGCAGGCAUGUGGUUCAUGCAGAAGUGGAAGAAGUCCGGAUCGUUGUUACAACUGGCCAUGAAGGAUUCGCCGGACGUGAGACGCUCCUUCAUGUUCCGUUUGAGCCAGAAGAGCAAUCUGCAGAAGUUCAAACACGUCUUGCUGUGCGGCAGCGCCCAGGAUCGAUACGUGCCCUUGCACUCUGCCCGAAUCGAGCUUUGCAAGGCUGCCGUACGAGAUCCAACGGAUCAAGGUGCCGCGUAUCGCGAGAUGGUGCACAACAUUCUGUACCCGGUGAUGUCGGCGCCCGGCGUCAGUCUCGUCAGGUACGACGUGCAUCAUGCUCUACCGCCAACGGCGAACGCCCUGAUAGGCCGAGCCGCGCAUAUCGCCGUCCUCGACUCCGAGCUUUUCAUCGAGAAAUUCCUGCUGGUCGCGGGACUAAAAUAUUUCAGAUAAGGAAAGAACAGUCUAGCGCACAUGAAAAGAAAAAGAAUUAACCGUAGCUUAUUAAAAAAGAACAACAAGGACUCGAACGCGCGCGCGGAUUCGGAAGGCGUCGCGUUCUUUGCGGCUUCUUCGACCAUUCCGUGAUUAGCGUAUAUUAUAGACGUCCUGUCCAGCGUUGCCUCGCUUCUUCCCCCUCGCUUAGCUGUCUUCUUCCAAAGGAACGAACGGGAUCACGAAGCGAGGCAAUCCGAUCUUUUUUACACGAGACACGCGCCGUCGAUCGUCGAUUUUGAUAUCGAACAUUCGUUAGGUUCUCACGUGCCAUCAUGAUACCGAUCAUAGUCGCGGACGUGGCAAGGUCACGCGCAUUUGUCAUGACGGUCGAAUUUCGGAUUCAUUCCCGUUAACGCUUCAUCGAGAGUUCGCCCCCGUGGGCUUUCGAGUCGAAUGGACCUGUAGCUCGCCGUGAAACGGACCUAUUCUCUAGUGACGGUAGCGGUGGCGGUGGUGACGGUGGUGGUGGUGGUAGCUGUAGUAGUAGUAGUGAUAUCGACCAAGAGGAAGAAGGGAUAAGGGAAGAGGAGAUGCAGGAUGGCUUGGAAAAUUCCAGCGUGUCGUGCACGCCGUCGCUAUGAGCGAUGCGACGUGCAUGAAUGAACGUACUCCAAGUCUCGCGUACUCGAGGACAGAAGAGGAAUCGAAACGAAACCGGACCAGCGCGUUCGGCGGCCUAGCGUAAACGAAGCAAUCGCGAGGGGACACGGUGUAUGCGGCCGUCGUGCGGCACAUCAGCUUCAUCGGCAUCGUCGCGAAAAGCGGAUCGCGAACGUGGAAGAAAGGGGGACGAAAAUUAUUCAUCGACACGAGCGUGCAGAUACGACAGUUGAAUUCGUGGACGUACCUUUUUUUUUUUUAAGAAAUAAAUAAGAAACGAGACUUUAGCGAGCACGGGCUCUGUCGUCGGAUCAAUUCUCCACGAUGUACAGCCGCGCGUCAAGGGGAGAAAAAAUAAUAGUAUUAAUACUACAAAAGUAAAAUAAUAAAAAGUAUAAGGCAAUGCAACGACACAUUGUCUAGUCGUAUAGGAAAGUUACGAAACGUAUGUCAAUUGUUAUCCUCAGAUAAGUGUGAAUGCUGAAUGCGAUGAGUGCGAAGAGCGGAUGGAUGAGAGCCGAGUACGAUGCUGAGAGAAAGAGAGAAAGAAAUAUCUGAAAGAGAAAAUGAUUAGGCAAAAAGAGAUAAAGAGUAAAGAGACUGAGGAUGGAAGGAACGUCGGAGAGGACGUGGGAUGUUAAGCAGCGUUUAUCUACGUCAACGAGAGGACUCGAGAGAGAGAGAGAGAGAGAGAGAGAGAGACGAGGACGGUGACGGGUGUCAUCAGCGUUUCGAACAAACUGGAUCCCCCUAUGGCGGUCUCAUUGUCAGUGCGGUGAAACGAGGACUUGCGCCCUGAAACGCGACGGAGGAGAGUAUCCAGGGUGCGAAACGGACGCGAUAGCGCGAUGACGAGAGUGACUAACGUUUCAGGUAUAUGAAAUCCCUCCAAAUGCUAGAUCUCAAUUGCUCAGAACAAUCUAUCAAUGAAAA